ACGCUGGUUCCCAGCCAGAGUCAGCAGGAAGCAGCUCCAGCCUACAGCGAGAGGAGACUCGGUGUCUCUUCUUGCUGCGGUGCCGAGCUAGGGUUCCAAGCUGUUCCAUUCCAGGGGCAGCUACUUCUGCAUCAAAGGGUGGAAGAAUCAGCCCGGACUUCUCGGCUGAGUGCAGCUGUUGAACACAAGACAGGAAAGCGCAGAGGCUGUGGGGAGAAACUGCAGAAUAACUGAAGCAGACCAGGCAGUGGGUUUCUGCUCCGCGUAACAGCAAAGGCUCAGUAGCGUUAAUAUAGAGCAACGUGUGGGACGUGUGAGACGCUUCAGACUCUCUCCAAAUAUUUUGAAUUAUAGAAGAAGAAAUGAAUCUUGCAUAUGCUGGUGAAACCUUGAGUGUCAUAUUUGACUGGGACUAUGUUCUGUGGGAAGUUCGUUUGAAGUUAGUAGCAGCUGGAUUUUUCAUCUACCUGGGUGUAUUUCUUCUAGCUCACUGGCUGGCCUCAUGGAUCAGUGCCAGUUAUCGCACUUUGUCAGGAAAGGACAAAGUCUUCUCGAAUAUAGCUAUCACUCGUGGCCUGCUUGGGAUUCAGAGUUGUGUAGCUGGGUUGUGGGCCUUGCUCAUAGAUCCAGUUUUUCAAGCUGACAAAGUGUAUUCACAACAAAAGUGGAGUUGGUUUCAUUGCUUAAUAGCCUCUGGCUUCAUCUUGUUUGAAAAUGUAGUUGUUCAUGUGUCUAAUAUUGUUUUCAGGACAUGUGAUGUGUUCUUGGUAGUUCAUCAUUUAUUUGCCUUUGGUGGGCUUCUUGGUCUGAUAAUUAACAUAAAGUCUGGACACUAUCUACCUGUGAUGGGAUUGCUACUUGAGAUGAGCACUCCUUCACUCUGCAUGUACUGGCUUCUUCUAAGGACUGGCUAUGCUAAUACCCUUUUAUGGAAGGCAAACCAAUGGGUACUGAUCCAUAUGCAACACUGCCGCAUGGUCCUUAUUUAUCACAUGUGGUGGGUGUGUAUUUCCAAUUGGAAUGAUGUAGUGGAAAACCUGGGACUUCCACAUUUUAUCGUCUUUUUCAUGGGGUUAAGUACACUUACAUUAAUACUUAAUCCAUACUGGAUUUACAGAUCGACUCAGCGGCUCUUUGGUCCAGUUGACUGGAAUUUUUCAUUUUUCACUGCUGUUUUUGGAUCCUCUGGAAAAUUAAAUAGUGAAACAUUUGAAAAGAAGAGGAUAUAGUGUUGCAACAGCUAUUGGGAUAAUAGUAAAGUGUGUCCAGAAGAAUAUGGUGCAGGUUUACUACCGAGUCUAUGAAAAUAGAAUUGCUUACAAGAAGUCUAUGAAUAUAUUGAUCCCUUUGUAACUUGAUAUUAGUGUACUAUA